AUGGACUGUACUCAGCUUGCGCUUUAUACACCUCCAAUCCAUCAAGAAAUGCUUAUUUCGACGAUGGAGUAUCACUUUGAGAAUCUCUCGCGUCCUUUAAUCAAAAUUUCACAAUGCUUACUCCCCCCCUCCGUGAGUGAACAAAACCAUUAGAAAAAUCGCUAUUUUUUGCCAAAAAACCACCCUCCGUGAGUGAACAAAAAUUUUUUUAAUAGAAAAAAUUUUUAUUGAAAAAAAUAUGAUAUAUAAAUGAUAAUUAGUAUAAUGAAAUCUAGAGCUAAUUCUGUUUAAUUUUAAACGAAUUGCUUUUUAAAACAUAAAUUUUAUAAAUUAAAUUAAUAUUUGCUUUCCAAUUUUUGCGAAUUAGGAUUUUUUUAAAUUUCGAAAAAAAAUAUUUUUUAAAAAAUUUAUAUAUAAAAUUUUUUUAAAAAAAAAAAUUAACCCCCCUCCGUGAGUGAACAAAAUUUUUUUGUUCACUCACGGAGGGGGGGGAGUUAGAGGUAAAAAAUAAUAUAGCCAGGCUCAGGAGUAGGAGGAGCUCAAUGAAAUGCAGGAUUAGUUCUAGCUAGAUAUUUAAGUAAAGAAAUACAGAUAAAAACUGGUAAAAGUAUAGAGCUUGGAUGUGGGCUUGGCUUGAUAUCAAUUGUGCUGUCAAUAAUGGGAUUCCAGGUUACAGCUACUGAUGGAAAUUAUGCUUUAUUAAAUUGAACCAGAAGAAAUUUUGAGGCAAAUUUAAACGAUUCUGAUAGAUGGAGCAUCGAGCAUUUAAUUUGGGGAGAAAAUGAACAUAUCCGUGAGAAAUCAUUAGAAGAAUGAGAUUUAAUAGUAGGGGCUGAUGUAUACGAAAUUGUUUGAUUUUUAAUUAUAAGCAAAAAAUUAAAUUUAUUUUCUCUCAUAAAUUAGAUAUUGAGAUAUUUAUUUUUUUAUAUUGAAACUAUUUAUGGCUUACUUUAUGGAGAAUAUGCAAGUAUGAUUGCUUUUAUAAAUACUUUAAUUUCUUUAUCGAGAUCAGAAACCAAAAUUUAUGUUGCCCAACAAAUUAGGUAUCCAGAUUCAGAAGAAAUAUUUUUGAAUGAGCUGAAAAAGAGCUUUGAGAUUGAGAUUAUAAAAAAUGAAGAGUUUCCAAAUAUUGUUAUAUAUAAAUUAGCUAAGAUUAAUAUCCCUGCUUAA